AUGGCCUUGAACAAAUUGUCGAGCACUUUCCUGCUGCUCAGCAGCAUCUCUGCAACUCUGACCCUCGCACAAUUCGUUCCAGCAUCACCACCAACAGCCACGGUCCCUAUCGUUUCGGCCUCGUCUCCCUGGCUGACAACCUCGACCCCGACGUCCAAUGCAGCCUCCCACGCGGGCGCUGCCGGCUGGUCAACGGGAGCAAGCAAAUUUCCGUCGGUUUUCGGGGAAGCAAAGAUCGCUCAUGCGGCGUUGGGGGCUGGCGCGUUCCUUUUAUGCUUUCCUCUCGGUGGUAUUAUUGUUAAAGUCUGGCCACAUCGGCGCAUCGUCUGGAUCCACGCGGCAAUCCAGGGUUCUGCACUCGCCGUGUUUGUGGCUUCCACGGGCCUGGGGAUCUGGAUGGGAUUGAAAAUUAACGCGCUCGGCCACUACCACUGUGUCAUCGGUCUCGUCAUCCUAGGCCUCCUCGUUCUCCAACCCCUGAUGAAGCUGCAUUGGUUCCACAAAAAGGUCCCGAAAGUGGUACACUUUGUGCACAUCCAUCUCUGGCUCGGCCGCGCAUUGAUACUUCUCGGAAUUGUUGACGGCGGACUCGGUUUCCAAUUAGCUGACACGUUCAAGGCGCCCAAGUGGGCGAACGGGUGGAAAAUUGCAUAUGGCGUGUGUGGGGCGCUCGUAUGGAUAAUAUAUGUGAGCGUGGUGAUUGUGUGGGUAGAAUUAAAAAAACCUGACGCGACGGCGGCGGUUGUCGCUGGGAGUGAGGAGAUGGCGGCAUUGACCGAGGCCAGACGCCGGGCUGAGGAUAGGCCAAAGACAGCGACGAGUACGGUGCACGAUGUCGAGAUUGGUGAGGUUGCACAGGUUGAGCCGAUGCGACCCGCACGACCUGGUGCAUUGUGA